AUGCAGGAUUCACCCAGCUCUCUGGUGAUGGAUGGAUACUCCAGCAAUGUCCCAGCCUUCCUAACAAAACUCUGGACGCUGGUGGAAGACCCUGAAACAAACCAUCUCAUCUGCUGGAGUUCUAAUGGCACCAGCUUCCAUGUGUUCGACCAAGGCCGCUUUGCCAAGGAGGUGCUGCCCAAGUAUUUCAAGCACAACAACAUGGCCAGCUUUGUCCGGCAGCUGAACAUGUACGGCUUCAGGAAGGUGGUGAACAUCGAACAGGGUGGGCUUGUCAAGCCUGAGCGGGAUGACACUGAGUUCCAGCACCUCUGCUUCCUGCAGGGCCAUGAGCACCUCCUGGAGCACAUCAAGAGGAAGGUGUCAGUAGUGAAAAGUGAGGAGACCAAGCUGCGCCAGGAGGACCUCAGCAGGUUGCUAUACGAGGUACAGAUACUGAGAAGUCAGCAGGAGAACAUGGAGUGUCAAGUGCAGGACAUGAAGCAGCAAAAUGAAGUUCUUUGGCGAGAAGUUGUUUCUCUCCGGCAGAACCACUCACAGCAACAGAAAGUCAUCAACAAGCUGAUUCAGUUUCUGUUUGGCCAGCUCCAAUCAAGCCCCAGCAGCACUGGGAUAAAGAGGAAGCUGCCUCUGAUGCUUGACAACGGGAUCGCAGCUCCACCAGUGUCCAAGUUCAGCCGGCAUUUGUCUGCAGAGCCCCUCCAUGACCCCUAUUUCAUACAGUCGCCAUCGACAGAGCCUGCCUCUUGCUUAAACAGCCCUGCAAUCACUGGAGGACCCAUCAUAUCUGAUGUUACUGAAGCAUCACCAUCCAACCUCAUGAAUAUGCAAUCCCCUCCUGAAAAUGACAGGGAGAAGUGCCUCAUGCUGAUCAAGGAGGAGCCAGUGAGCCCUGGAGUGAAAGCCAGCGCGGAGCCUGAGGUGCCCCUGCCCGGCUGCAGGACCUGCUCCGAGCCCCCGGUGCUGCCGGUGGCCAUGGUUCAGUCUGUCCUGGAGGGCAAGGGCAGCUGUGGUGCAGCCCCACCAGGGACAUCCCAGCCACCUGAGAGGAGAGGCAGGAGGGCACUGCUGGACAGAACAGAUAUUUCAGACCCGUUGGAGGGCACUGACUGGAGCCUGGAGGGGCUGCAGCUGCUGCUGAGGAGCCAGCAGUACAGCCUGGAGCCUGCCAGCCUCUUGGAUGUCUUUAAUCCAAAUUUAUCUCUGAGUGAGUGGAAUUUGACUGAAAUGGAAGCCAGUCUGUCCCCGAUGCAGCGACUCACAGUGGAUCUGGAGAAGAGUGCAACUGAGCUGCCCUCAAAAGUGUUCAACCCACAAUUCAACACCACCUGCCCAGGGAAAGAUGUCGUUCUUGAAAGUGCCCAGCAGUUCCUCCUCGACCGUCAGUCCAUCUUUGGGAACGACCUCAUCAGCUUGCCUGAAAAUUCAUCACUUUAUGUUCCUUCUGAAAAUACAGCUCCCUACAUGUCCUCUGUGGGUGUCCAAGGGGAUAUCCCUCUAAACCUGAGUUCUUCAAUGGACAACAGCCAGCGAUUUAGCUUCCAAGAAACAACUCCCUCCCAACCAUCCAAGCAUCCACAGGUUUGA